CUUUGGCUGUUCUACAAUUCAUUAGCUUAGGCUUUUGUAAAAAAGAUGGAUUCCUUUGCUGCAAACUCGAAGAAAUCGUUCCACGUUCGUUCAAACAGUUUGCCCUCAAAGCCACAUCCAGUUGUGGAUGAAGUUAAUGAAAAUCUCUGCAGAUUGAGAGCAUCUGAAGAAGCCACUUCUUCAUCUUCUUCUUUGUGCCAAAAACUUGAUGGACUUCAAGAUUUGCAAGAUUCUAUUGAUAAGUUGCUUCUUUUGCCACUCACCCAUCAAGCACUUGUUGACAACAAAUUAGUUGAUGAAUUGCUAGAAGGAUCUCUCAAGAUCUUGGAUGUGUGUGCUUUGGCUAAGGAUGUUUUAUCUCAAAUGAAAGAAUCUGCACACGAACUUGAGUCAGCGUUACGAAGAAGAAAAGAUGACAAGAUUGAUGUUCAAAAGUAUUUGAACUCAAGGAAAAUGGUAAAGAAGGCAAUCCAUAUGACCUUGAAGGAAAUGAAAAAAACAAAUUUCCAGAAAAGUGAUGAAAGUUCAGAAAUUGUUAGCCUGCUAAAGGAGGCAGAAAGUGUUGCAUAUAACAGCAUUGAAUCCUUAUUGUUAUUUGUAGCAGGACCAAAGUUUCCAUCAAAGAUGAGCAGAUGGUCCUUGGUCUCUAAGUUCAUUCAACCCAAGAAAGUGGUGAGCAAAGAUGAAGACACAAAUGGAAAUGAAGUAGAGAUGGUGGAUGUUGCUUUAUACUCAAUCACACAUCAUAAAUCUGAUUUCCAUGUGCAAGUUGAAGAUGUGCAAAACUCUUUAAGGAAAUUGGAGUCAUGCAUUUGUGACUUUGAAGAAGAUCUCGAGAGUCUAUAUCGACGUCUUGUAAAAAACAGAGUCUCAUUUCUUAACAUCCUAAAUCACUAAAGGAUGAAAACUUAGAUAGUAGUAUCGUAGUUGAUUCCAACGGAAUCCAUUUUUGGUAGAUGUAAACACAACAAUAUGUAUACAAUAGAUACAAAUACAUUACACAACUUUUUGCAAUCUGAACCAAGAUUAUGAAUUCAGUAUCA